AUGACGUCAUCAUCUGAUAUGUUACGUAGAGACUUGCUUGCGCGUCACGAGAGGCGGGACCACAACUCGAAUUUGGAGCACCCCGAAGACCUGAGCUAUCAGGAUGGCGCCUCUCGAUUGCAGUCGCGUAGGCCGACUGCUCAAGGCGAGGAUUCUCUAAGCGAGGACGACGAUGAGUCGACUGCUAGAGCUCAGUCUGAUGCCAGCUUUAGGCAGGGGGGACUUCUCAAUCAAGAGACGUUCACCACGAUCCCGAAGUCCCGCAGUCGCGCUGCGGAAUUCGUGCCGAAUGAACAGCAAUCUCCUCUCCAAUCGUUCGGGCUCAACAGCACCUGGGCAACCGACCCAAAUGCUUUUGGUGACGAUCUGGACUUUCUGUGGGACCAUUUUGAUAUGAACUCAACUGCCAUCGACCCGUCCGUCCUUAACUACCCAAUGAACUUUCCAAUGUUUCCUGAACAGGGUCUCCAGAGAAACACGGGUGCUCCGUUCGGAGCCACCCAGAACCUAUGCGAUCAGAGAGCGAGCGGCCCAGCAGCGGAAAUCCAGGUCCAGCGCCGUCAAUCUCGUCCAGGCAACCGCCUGCUCUUGUCCUUUCCGGAGACCAUCGACCUUGGCGAAUAUCCCGUUCGGAAUAUGACAUGA